GUUCGUCGCAUCUCGCGUUCGCUUUCUUCACAUACUAACUUCAUCUCGCAUUUUGAUAGAAUGAUAACAUUAUCUGUCACCAUGUUUGAAGGAUUUUGCUCAGAAGGCUUGAUUUGGAUGGAGAAUUCGGACAGAAUGAAUCGGAUUUCUCCACUCAUGUUGAAUGUUUGAAGUCAGCAGCAGCGGGAAGAAUUGGGUAUAAGUAUCUUUCAUUGUAUGCUCGUUUUGAGGAUGGGCAAUCAUUUCUUAGCACAUCUCUUUCUCAUAUCAGUCAGCUCUGGAUACUAGGUACUUACUCGCAGAUCCAUACCGAUUAUCUCCGGCAAAAUCGACAUCUAUCGCAUCCGGAAUCUCCAAUCCUCUCCUCGCUCAGACGUCCUACUGCCAUGUCUCCCUCAAUAACUUCCCCCUUGAAUUCCGCAUUAUGGCUGGAUCGGGUUGGCAAGCUGGAAGUUAAAUCUGCGCCCUAUACGCUACCUAUGAAGAAUGAAAUUGUUGUAAAGAAUAGAGCAAUUGCCAUGAACCCGGCAGAUUGGAUCAAACAAGAUAUGGGUAGUUUUAUGUUUCCUUGGGUGAGAUAUCCGUGCAUUCUUGGAUAUGAUAUUUCUGGAGAAGUGGUUGAAAUUGGCCCCGAAGUUACACGGUUUAAGGUUGGAGAUCGUGUUGUGGGUACGGCAAUGGGUCUCACGGAAUCAUCCAAUACCCCCACGGAAAGUGCUUUUCAACUCUACACUGUCCUUUUGGAUAAUAUGACUUCGCACAUUCCUCGUACACUAUCUUAUGAGCAAGCUUGUGUUAUUCCUUUGGGGCUUUCUUCCGCAGCUGCCGGGCUUUUCCAAAAGGACCAGUUGGCGCUAGAAUUGCCAUCAUUGUCCCCAAAAUUAACGGGGGAGACUGUACUUAUCUGGGGUGGUUCAACUAGUGUUGGCAUCAACGCUAUACAAUUGGCCGUCGCAGCUGGUUACGAAGUCUUCUCUACCUCAUCUCCCAAAAACUUCGAUCUUUUAAAGAAACUCGGUGCAAGUCAAGUCUUUGAUUACAAUAGCAAAACUGCCAUCCCUGAUCUUAUAAAUGCAUUCAAAGGCAAAACUACCGCCGGUGCAAUGUCAAUAGGACAAGGAGCCGCCGAUGCAUGCAUGGAUAUACUCAAUAAAUGCAAAGGGAGGAAGUUCCUUUCUAUGAUUACUUACCCCGUAUCAUUUCCACCACCAAAAAGAUUCGUACUUCCAAAAGUUGUAUAUACAUUCGUUCCUUGGAUAAUUUCCAAUCAAAUUAAGAAAAGAAUUAGAGGAAUUGACAACAAAUUCGUUGAAGGCUCAACUGUAGCAACGAAUAGCGUAGGCAGGGCAAUUUUUGUGGACUUUCUUUCCGACGCGUUGGAGAAAGGUGUUUUUGUUGCCGCUCCUGAGGCUAUGGUUGUUGGGAAUGGUUUGGAAUCUAUAGAAAAGGGAUUGGAGAUGCAAAGGAAAGGCGUUUCUGCCAGGAAAGUGGUAAUAUCGCUGUCAUGAAUAAGCAUCUAAGAAAGUUCAUCAGUUCAUUAGUUUAUAUAGUUUCAUCAUCAAUCUUAUUCCUUCUUCUUCAGAUUUUUCAGUUGCUUGUCUGGUUUCUACAAAAAUUUAUGUUAUAUAUGGUCAAAGAGACGCAUGUCAGACCAUAUAGCACGGAACGCACGUCACUAAUCUUUUGGCCGACUAUA